AUGCAUGAUUCAUUGAGAGAAUUAAAUGCCAAGCUCUUGGCUGAGAUUGCUAAACUUAGGAAGGAGAAUGCCGAGAUUCCUAAACUUAGAGAGAAGUUACUAAGAUUUGCUGAGGGUUCAACAGUGGAUGGGAUGGCGCUGUCAUUUGGCCAGACACAAAAUGAUGAAGAAGUGAUGCCAGUAGUGACGGUACCAACUGUUGAUGUACCCGAUUCUGUAAUAGACCAACUCAAUAAUGAAGUAGGAUGA